AUGCCUAAAGGCUAUAUCAAAGAUGCACCUGGAGAGAAUGGAAAAGCAGUUGACAUACCUAAAGAAUUUUUAAUAGAGAGUAAACGUCUAUUCGAACGCAACAAAUUCAACCAAUGGGCCAGUGAUAAAAUCUCGUUACAUCGAAUAUUACCCGAUGCCAGGCCAAAAUUGUGUAAAGACAAAGUAUAUCCUGGUGAUUUACCUCCUACUAGUGUAGUUAUUGUAUUUCACAACGAAGCUUGGUCCACUUUACUCAGAACGAUUCAUAGUGUCCUUGAUCGGACUGCUCCUGAUUUACUUAUAGAGAUCAUACUUGUCGAUGAUAAAAGUGUUGUUAAAGAGCUACAUGCCCCUCUUGAUGCGUAUAUUGCAAAACUUGCAAAAGUAAAAAUAAUACGUAAUAAAAAACGAGAAGGUUUAAUUCGAUCUAGAUUAAAUGGUAAGAGUUUCGCUGCUUCUAAAGCUCCUGUGGUAACUUUUUUGGAUGCCCAUUGUGAGGCUAAUACCGGCUGGCUAGAACCUUUACUAGAGCGAAUCUAUAAUGAUCGAAGCACCGUAGUCUGUCCUGAAAUUGACGUUAUUAGUGACGAAAAUUUCGCAUAUCAAUAUGGUCCUAGUGGUUUAAUGAGGGGGAUUUUUAAUUGGGAUCUACAUUUUCGGUGGAGAGCUGUUUCGACUGAAGAACAAAAGCGGCGUCAAUCACCUAUCGAUCCUGUUAGAACUCCUACUAUGGCCGGUGGUCUAUUUGCAAUAAACCGUGAUUACUUUAAAGAAAUUGGGACAUACGAUGAAGAAAUGGAUAUUUGGGGUGGAGAAAAUUUGGAGAUAUCUUUCAGGAUAUGGCAAUGUGGUGGUACUCUUGAAAUAGUCCCUUGCUCACAUGUGGGCCAUGUAUUUCGUAAAAGUCAACCGUACGGAUUUCCUAAAGGUGUUGUUGAUACAUUGGGUAAAAAUUCUCAGCGUGUUGCUGAGGUUUGGAUGGAUGGCUAUAAAGAAUUUUUCUAUCAACGCCAACCUCACCUACGUGGUCAUGCAUAUGGCGAUAUUAGCAAACGCCUUGAAAUUCGCAAAAAGCUAAAGUGUAAAUCUUUCAAGUGGUAUCUGGAAAACAUCUAUACUGAUGCAGUCUUACCUAAUGAAUCUGUAAUAGCAAAGGGAAAGGUCAGGAAUCCUGCCUCAAAUAUGUGCUUGGAUUCACUUAGUAGACCAAAAUUAAGCUAUAUUGGACUUAGUCCAUGUACACUCUCUGCAAUGACAAUGAUUAUUUCGUUUACUGUUCGACAAGAGCUCGUCGUGCAAGACAUAUGUCUCGAUGUAUCUGAUUACAAUCCCGGAACUAAAGUUCAGCUUUACGAAUGUCAUGGUAUGAAAGGCAAUCAGCUUUGGAUGCAUGAAAAGGAUGGUCCAAUUCGGCAUGGUACAAGCGGUAUGUGCUUGGACCGUGGAUCUGGCGGUAAUCCAAUUAUAGCAGUCUGCGAUGGAGGUGAAUCCCAGAAGUGGAUUUUUGAAAAGUACUACCUCAAUGUUACACCCAAAGUCAAGAUUUAG